UGUACUUUUCUACUGCUCCCUAAUGUCAGUCUCUCUCUCUCUCCAGUCUCCCAAUACUGAUGGUUUAACACAGACUACACUGUAGCUUACAACAAAAACACAAUCAGUGUAUAUUUGUAACCGGUUGGCGCGCCGAAAGCUACGGGUAGAUGGCUAGACGCUCACGAACAUCAACAGUGGGUCGUGUGUGUGAGGUAGAGAGAGUGGGAGACAGACAGACAGAAAGAACGUGAUAGACAUCAAGAGACCUUUUGUAAUCAAUACAAACAGAAGAAACAUUGAGAUUCUCCAACAAAGAUAUUGGCAAACUAUUUUUACGUUUUGCAUUCUAAGUGCGCGAGACGAUCAAUAACCCUUCGUGGGACUGCAAUUGAACAGUGAGUGAGAAGGCACAUAUUAUAAAAAUUGAAACAAUAAUUACGCUUUGCGAGAAGAAGCUGAUCAUUGUCCUGGAUUGGAUUGGGGUCAAUCAAUUUGUAGCUCAACGUCAAGAUAAUAGAAAGAGUUACCAUGGAAACUGUUCUGUUCUUCCUCUUUUCACUCCUGGUGUAUGUGGCUGUGCCUGUAUUUUCAGAUGGUGAAAAGGAGAAGAAAGAGGUGGACCCAUUUGUCUAUGACUAUCAUAGCCUGCGGAUCUGUGGACUGGUCUUUGGUGUGGUACUCUUCGCGCUGGGCAUCCUCCUCAUCCUCAGUAAGUCUUCAUAUUUCAGCCGAAAAUGUCGCUGCUGUCCCAAUCAGGAGAAGAAGCUCAAGGCCCCUGGAGACGAAGAGGCUACGGCAGAGACCCUGAUCGUGUCCAAAGCUAAGGAGCCAGAGCCAGAGCCUGAAGCUAAGGCUGAGAACUGAGUCAGCCCAACCAGACUGCCUCCCCACCUGACUGACGAUCAACCAUAUCUGCCACUGAACAACCAGUGUUGGAAAAAGUACCCAACUGUCAUAUUUGAGUAAAAGUAAAGAUUCCUUAAUAGAAAAUGACUCAAGUAAUAGUGAAAGUCGCCCAGUAAAAUACUACUUGAGUAAUAGUCCAAAAGUAUUUGAUUUUAAAUAUACUUAAGUAUCAAAAGUAAAUGUAAUCUCAAAAUUAUAUCAAAGUAUAAAUCAUUUCAAAUUCCUUAUAUUAGGCAAACCAGGAUGGUCAUGGGCACACUUCAAACACUCAGACAUCAUUUACAAACUAAGCAUUUGUGUUUAGUGAGACCGCCAGAUCAGAGGCAGUAGGGAUGACCAGGGAUGUUCUCUUAAAAUGUGUGAAUUGGACCAUUUUACUGUUCUGUUAAGCAUUCAAAAUGUAACGAGUACUUUUGGUUGUCAGGGAAAAUGUAUGGAGUAAAAAGUACAUUAUUUUCUUUAGCUGUAAAGGUAAAAGUUGUCAAAAAUAUAAAUAGUAAAGUACUUAAGUGGUACUUUAAAGUAUUUUUACUUAAGUACUUUACACCACUGUGAACCACUACCUAAGGACCAACACAAUAAUGAUGAUGACGAUGGCAACAAAGAUGAUGACGCUGACAAAGAUGACGCAGACGAAUUAUGAAGACGAUGCAACAGGAAUACUGUGCGACCACAGAACAAGGGAUAGGAGUGUGUAGAGGUGGGUGGGGGGGGAUAAUGCAGAUGUAAAUAAACCUUGAACCUAUCGUUCCGUGCUCUGUGCCCAUGUACGUGUCUCAGUGAUCUCCUGUGUACCUGUGCCUUUCUGCGAACAGUCUGUCUCCAGUUUGUCGUCUUAGCCAGUGACACCGUUUUGCAGAUCGCCUUUACCACAGUUCUUAAUAAUUGGAGAUGUGUCAAGAAAUGUUGUUCGUGUUUAGCUUAUAUUCUGGUAUUUCUAUCGUCUUUAGGUUCUAGACGUUACUGUUUGCUACAUUUUUUCAGAGUUGUUAUUAUCACUUUCACUCUUGUAACAAUUGUCCUUAAUGACGUUUAUCACGUGGUAGAUUAUAUACAAUAUAUACACUACCGUUCAAAAGUUUGGGGUCACUUAGAAAUGUCCUUGUUUUUUUAAAGAAAAGUGCAUUUUAUGUCCAUUAAAAUAACAUCAAAUUGAUCAGAAAUACAGUGUAGACAUUGUUAAUGUUGUGAAUGAAUACUGUAGCUGGAAACUGCAAUUUCUUUUAUGAAUAUCUACAUAGGAGUGCAGAGGCCCAUUAUCAGCAACCAUCACUCCUGUUUUGCCAAUUUUGUUAAAAAAAAUUAAACAAGGACAUUUCUAAGUGGCCCAAAACUUUUGAACUGUAGUGUACAUGUAAUAUAUACUAGUAUAAAUACCCUAUACACAGUAUACAGUUCUAGCUAUAUAUAUUUCAAUAUAUGUGUGCAUGUGUGGGUACAUGAGUUUGGGUGGUUUGUAUGUGUGUCUGAGAGGUUGUGUGUAUUUGGCUGUGUUGCGCCUCACACACACGAGAAUGCAACUGCCACAGUUUGCUGACCAAGCACAAGAAUGCAUCAGAGUUAACUAGGAGCUCACCAACAGUAGUCACUGUAGUGAAGUGAGCUCCUACAUCAGCUGUAUCACUGCCUUGUCCUAGACAACCAUCCAAUCUAGUCUCCUGCUCUGUCAUUGGCCGAGCCGGGGCGAUACCGCCCUCAGAGGCAGGCUACGAUUGGACGGUUCCCACACCCACACCAGUGCGGCAAAUCUGUCUCCUCUUAUUGUUUAGUUGAGAGGUUACGGUAGCCGGUUGCAAAAAUCAGUCUCAACCCAUGGUGUCUCUCUGUUUAGCGUUGUGUGAUCGACCAUGCGUUUAGUUAGUGAGAGAGCGGGUCUUACGUGCGACUGAGAGAGUGUGUGUAGAUGCUAAGUGUGCCAGAGUCAUAGUUUUAGCCGCCAGAAUUAGGUGAAGGAAAUCAAAGAAAAAGAUCAUUUGCUCUGUGUCAGACGCCAGGUAAAGCUUAGGGUCACGCGGUCAGAUGCAUAUGGAGUCUUAUGCAGAGUGUCAUUGUUACAACCAACAGCAACAACCACAAAACACACUGCCACGACAAUAAGUAACUCACUCUGUUCACUCUGUGCAUGAGGUUGUACUGUAUAGCUGUAUUUUGUGCUUUUGACAUCGAAAUAAAAGAGUCUUAUCGCCAAUAA